AUGAAGGCAGUCAGCUUAUUCAUUUUGAUGGGAUUUAUGGGAGAAUUUGAAAGUUUUUCAAGUGCCUCUUCUCCAAUCAAUUGCCAGUGGGGUUCCUAUGGCUCUUGGUCAGAGUGCAGUGGCUGUACCAAGACGCAGACUCGCAGGCGGCCAGUUGCUGUCUAUGGGCAGUAUGGGGGCCAUCCUUGUGCUGGAGAUGCUUUUGAAACCCAACCUUGUGAGCCUACCCGGGGAUGUCCAACAGAGGAGGGAUGUGGAGACCGUUUCAGAUGUUUUUCAGGUCAGUGCAUCAGCAAAUCGUUGGUUUGCAAUGGGGAUUCUGACUGUGAAGAGGAUAGUGCUGAUGAAGACAAAUGUGAGGACUCAGACGGCAGACCUUUCUGUGACAUUGACAAGCCUCCUCCCAACAUAGAACUUAUUGGACUGGGUUAUAAUGCACUCACUGGCCAAUUUACCAGAAAAAUCAUCAAUACCAAAAGCUUUGGCGGUCAGUGCAGAAAGGUGUUUAGUGGUGAUGGAAAACAGUAUUACAGACUGAGUGGAAAUAUCCUCUCCUACACAUUCCAGGUGAAAAUGAAUAAUGACUUACACUAUGAGUUUUACAACAGUAGCUGGUCUUAUGUAAAGCAUACAUCAGCAGACUCUACGUCAUCUAAUAGAAAAGGGUUCUUGGUUUUUUCAUCUUCAUCAUCUUCAAACAGUCAUGCCAUACAUAAUAAUGAAAUCCACAAGAAAAAGAGUUAUCAGCUGAUGGUUGUUCAGAACACUGUUGAGGUGGCUCAGUUCCGUAACAACAAUCCAGAUUUUUUGCAACUUGCUGAGCCAUUCUGGAAGGAACUCUCCCAGCUUCCCUCUCUGUAUGAAUACAGUGCUUAUCGAAGAUUAAUCAACUCAUAUGGGACACAUUAUCUGCAAUCGGGGUCCUUAGGAGGAGAAUACAGAGUUCUAUUUUACUUGGAUUCAGAAAAACUCAAACAAAAUGGCUUUGAAUCAUUAGAGCAGAACCAAUGUCGUUCCUCGAAGUUCCAGUUUUUGUUUAUAUCAUCAUCAGAUCACUCAUGCAAAGACCUGGAAAAAGCUUUAAAAUCAGCUUCAGGAACUCAGAAUAACACCUUGCGAGGUCUCCCGCUGGUUGUGAGAGGAGGAGAUACAGGCUUGUCAGGUGACCUUAACAGGUUAGAUAUGAACGAUCCCGCUGGAAACAGAAGACGAUAUUCUAGCUGGGCACAAUCCGUGACUCAUGCACCCAGCGUCAUCAAGCAAAAGCUGACUCCUUUAUAUGAGCUGGUAAAGGAAGUGCCCUGUGCUUCUGUGAAAAGACUCUACCUGAAACGAGCUCUGGAGGAGUAUCUGGAUGAAUUUGACCCCUGUCAUUGCCGGCCUUGUCAAAACGGUGGCAUGGCCACUGUUGUGGGGACUCAGUGUCACUGCCAUUGCAAACCGGAAACCUAUGGUGUGGCGUGUGAGCAUGGAGUCCUCAUAGGGGAUCAGGCAGGAGGGAUUGAUGGAGGCUGGAGCUGCUGGUCCCCGUGGGGCUCCUGUGUCCAAGGGAAGAAAACUAGGACUCGGGUGUGCAAUAACCCUGCUCCCAGUGCAGGUGGGAAAGCCUGUGUUGGAGAAACCACAGAAAGCAGACAGUGUGAAGAUGAGGAGCUACAGCAUUUGCGGAUACUUGAACCCCAUUGCUUUCCUUUAUCCUUGGUGCCAACAGAAUUCUGUCCAUCACCACCUCCCUUGAAAGAUGGAUUUGUUCAAGAUGAAGGUACCACAUUUCCUGUUGGGAAAAACAUAGUAUACACUUGCAAUGAAGGAUACUCUCUUAUAGGGGAUCCUGUUGCCAGAUGUGGAGAAGAUUUACAAUGGCAUGUUGGACAAAUGCAUUGUCAGAAAAUUGCCUGUGUUUUGCCUGUGCUGGAGAACGGUGUGCAGAGCCAUCCCCACAAGCCUUUCUAUGCCGUGGGUGACAAGGUGACCUUUUCCUGUUCGGGUGGUAUGUCCUUACAAGGCCCUUCAACAUUUCUCUGUGGCUCCAGCUUGAAGUGGAACCCUGAGAUGAAGAAUGUCCAGUGUGUACAGAAAGACUCUCCUUUAGCGCAAGAAGUGCCUGAAUGUCAGCGCUGGGAGAAACUGCAAGAUUCAACAUGUGUUUGUAAAAUGCCUUAUGAAUGUGGAUCUUCCUUGGAUGUGUGUGCUCGAGAAGAGAGAAGGAAGAGGACUCUGACUCUGACAGUUUGCAAGCUGCAUGUUCUGCACUGUCAGGGUAAAAAUUACACCUUGACAAACAGGGACAGCUGUCAUGUGUCUGUCGCGGCUCAGAAACCUUGCAGUGCGUGUCCACUGUGGGAAAAGUGCGAUGCCCAGAGCGGUAAUUGUGUCUGCCGAGAAGCACUGGAGUGCGAGGAUGAAGGGUUUCGUGUCUGUGUGGAAGUGAACGGCAAGGAGCAGACAAUGUCUGAAUGUGAGGCUGGAGUCCUGCGAUGCAGAGGGCAGAGCCUGUCUGUUACCAGCAUAGAGCCCUGUGCUGCAGAAGGCCUGUAGGCUCCUGAGUGCCUGCCCAAUUAGCCCGGCUGAGUAACACAUCUGUGUCACGAGCCAGUUAGAUGCUUUGCCAGUGUAGAGGCACGUUCUUUCUACUUCCUCUGCCUUGGGUUUCCUCAGUCCAGCCAUUGUAUAAAUAUACCCUUUGUUUUCCCAAGUCUGAA